GGAUUCCUGCUGGGAAAAAUAACAUAGCAUCCAACUUUCUUGGACCCGGACGAAUCCCAGAAGAAAAUCGGACUCAGGAAACCGGGGAGGCGGCGGCGGAGGCCGGUCCUCUCUCGAUGGCCAGGUUCGGGCUCGUCCUUUGGGACUCGAUCCUCUCGUUCAUGUGGGUGUGGGCCAGUGCCCUCGUCAAGCUCUUCGUCUACGGCUAUCUGGAACUUGGGCACCGUCCCGAGGCCGAAAUCCUCAAGAUUUCCCUCGGCGUCCUCUACAUGUUCUUUUUCGCCUGGCUUGGCGAGGUAACUAGAGGAGGGUCCUACAAUCCUCUAACCGUGCUCUCUUAUGCCUUCUCCGGGAACCUCGAUCGAUUUCUUUUCACCGCUCUUGGAAGAAUUCCUGCUCAGGUAAUUGGAUCUAUUGUUGGGGUUCGAUUAAUCAAAGCAAUCUUCCCUGAAAUUGGUCAAGGACCUCGUUUGAGUGUUGACAUUCAUCGAGGGGCAUUAACGGAAGGACUAUUGACAUUCAUGGUUGUGAUGGUUUCGAUGGGGCUAAAGAAGAAAGACCCUAAAAGUUUCUUUAUGAAAACAUGGAUCUCAAGCAUUGCUAAAAUAACACUUCAUAUCCUUGGUUCUGAUUUAACUGGUGGGAUCAUGAACCCUGCUUCUGUAAGUGCUUUACAGUCCUUAUUUGAUACUCAACGUAUUAUUCUUUUAUGCUCUUAGUUUUCCAAUACUAAGUUUGCUUCUCUAUAUCUGAUACACUUGAAGUUCAAAAUGACAUAGUAACUAAAAUAAUGGUGCUCUUGAGCUCAUGCUAAAUUGACAAAAUGUUAGAUAUUAGAGCAGAUAGACAAAGUCUAGAUAAAAGAAAUUCUCAUGCACACUAGUCAUGGAAUUCCAUACUGAGCCGGAUCGAUCGGUAUACCUUGUACCGAGCCGGAUCGGCGGGAGCUGAUCCAGUUCAGGCUUUUUUUUUGGGAACAGACAAAACUGCACCGAACUGGUCGGUUCGGUGUGGUUCCGUGCAGUUCGGCUCUGUUCAGCAUUGAAUCGAGCCAAAAAAGGUGGGGCGGUGGGGUAGGGAAUAGGAUUCCGUUGCCUUUCAUUCAAAAGGUAGUGGAACUGACUGAGAAGCAUUUGCUUCUCUAUCGUUUGACUUCCUUUGAAUCGAAGAAAAAAAAAGAAAAGCACCCAUGCUCCGGAUUUUUGCCAAAUUCAAUGAGGAAUCAAGAUCUUUCAACUGGAUUCAAGGUAAUCUAACAUUUCCUUACUGAAUUAAUUUUUCUUUUUGCGAUUUUGUGGCCGAAAAAGGCAAUAAAUAGAAAAAUAGGAGGAAAAUUGUGUCA